AUGGUGCUGAUUGCCGUGCCUGGCCGCCGCUGCGCCCGCGGCCGCCGGGCGGUGCGGUACGUCAGGCUGGACGCCUCUGACCCGCUGACCAGCACCAGGGAGUACCUUCGGCGACAGCGGCGCGCACCCGCCGACAAGCACACCACUGUGCUUGUCGUAACCAGGGGCGUGGAGCAGAGCGCGGCGCUGCUGCUGGCAGCCGACACCCUCUCACGCCAGCUGCACGCCUCCGGCGACGUCAGUCCGGUCAGCUACCUGACCCAUCUGCGCUCGCUGCGGCCGCGCUGGUUCACCGAGGUCGACCAGGUGAAGAUGCUGUACGACCUCCUGUGCGACGUUCUGCCGAAGGGCGAUGGCGAGCGCUGAACGGCGUCGGGCCGCCGGCCGAGUGAUACGGACCCCGUUGGGGCGAGAUACACGGACUGUGAGUGUUCGCUCUUGUUCCCAUCCGUGAGAGACACUUCUUUAUGUGUGUUAUACAGAUUUUCAAUGGCUUCCAAGGAGAUGUUAUUCCGUGCGCCACCUUCUUGGCGAGUGAACUGGACGAAUAAACUGACUUGAUCUUC